AUCGCUACUCUCUUCUAAUUUAUUUUCAGGUGACUUGUAAACAUUUGAUAACUAUAUAACCAAAGAAAUUAAAUACCAAUGGUAUACACAAAUGAAAGGUGUAAUUCAUUACGAGCGACAAAAGUUUGCCGCUCUCUAUGAGCGAUAUGAGUAGUCUGAGCACAGUCAUGCCCGCCAGGAAAGGCAUAUUGGGAACACCUCUAGCUCUAAGACAAAGUGACGACAAACUGUCCGCUGUAUCUAACAGUCGGGAUUACGAAAAACCCCGCGUAACAGGGGACGAGAAGAACCCGGUUCCUUUCGUCCAAGAGGAUGGAUUUACGGAUGUUGUGUUGGUUGUCGAGGGAAAACGUCUCCACACAUCCAGAAGUCUGUUGUGUAUGUCCUCCCCAGUGUUGGCCAGAAUGCUGGCCUCACCAGAACAAAAGGAUCAGAGGGAAUUCCCUCUACAGGGGAAGUCAUAUGAUACAGUCCAUGAACUGCUGUACAUCCUACAUCCUGCCUACCAACGCAAAGUGACAGAUCAAACUGCCUUCCAAAUUCUUCCAAUCGCAGAAGAAUACCAAAUCUGGAAUCUGAAACAAAGAUGUGAGGAAAUACUUUUGCACUCCCUAAAUACGGAAAAAUCUGUCAAAGAUGAUCAGUUACUGCGGUGUCUCCAAAUUUCCGAUUCCUAUAAGCUUUUUGCUCUGUGGACUAAGUGUCUGCAGCUGUGUGCAAGACCAAAUGUUAACCUAGCGACAUUGCAACGUAACCCGGAAUACGAGCAUAUGUCUAGGUUUCUGAAAAGCAUGCUAGAAGCGUUCAAAACUGGUGGAACCGAAACACAUCGGUCACAUAGCGAAGGAAGUCACGUGACUGUGCCCAGACGAGGUAGCACAACGCUAAUUGAUGAGACAAACGUCAGAAAAACAUUUGUUACAAGUCAAACUCAAACCAAAUUCUGAGGGAGAUCCAAGUUCUCUAGUCACCAAAUGUAACAUAAAUAGUUGACAAUGCCAAGUAACAUUUACAAAUUGCUUCCUUUAGCUAUAGGAGUUAUUCAAAUCACAAUGCAUCUACUUAUCCAAAUGGAUUUUGAACAGGAAUCUUCAGAUUCAUCACUGUCUUGACACAUUUGAUUCUACCCAUUUUGUAACUAGUUAUAGGAAUGGACAACUUAUAUGACUAGAUUUCAAUGACAAUUUGUGAUCCAAAUGCUUAACUGUGAUCAAUAUUGAUUUAAGUUUGUUCCUUUCAGCAGGUCUCAAGUUUUUCACCCAGUUACAUUUUUUUGAAACAUUGUCAUCAAUCCAACUGGAAACUACAGUCAAAUUAUAUAUAAAUACUAUAUACAUUUUAAAAUAUAU